AUGCUGGAACACGAAGAUGCCUUCGCAGAGGAGGCGCAAGAGGAGGUCAGACUGGCCGAGCAAGUCCACGUCGAUUCUACCACAAAUACGAGGUUCAAUGUCAGCGACGAGCAAGAUGAUGAGGACGAGAUGAGCCCCCUGAUGAGCCCGCGCCAGCGUCGAAAUAAACCUAUCGCAUAUACAAGAGCCCGCGCGAGUUUUGAAAGGGCCAUCAAUGAACCCUGGCAUGGCGCUCACGGCUCGAGUGACCUCCCCUGGUACAAGACGCCCUCAAUAUUUUGGCUGCUUCCUGCCUUCUUCCCCUUUUGCAUCGCCUUUGGCGGCAUCAUUGUUCCCAAAACGUACCUCAUCCUCAACUUGAUCUGCAAGGAAUAUCUCUCAGAUCAAGCGUCCAAGAACCCCAACUUCAAGUUCCUACCUAUUGUCUUGGGAGAAGAGAAUCCGCAGUGCAGAGAUCCACAUGUUCAAUCUCGGGUCGCCAACUUCAAUCUAUACAUCAAUCUUUUGAGCGGCGUCUUUUCUGCCGUAAUAGCUCCCCAUCUGGGGUCACUUUCAGAUCGGAUUGGCCGGAAGAAAGUCAUGGUCUGUGCCUCCUUCGGCGCUCUCGCCGCCGAAAUCAUUACCAUCAUUGUCGGCCAGACCAACGGCGAGGUUUCUGUUUACUGGCUGCUUCUCGGAGGCCUAAUAGAUGGCCUAUGUGGCUCAUUCACCACUGCUCUGGCUUUGGCCUUUGCAUAUGCGUCGGAUUGUUCACCCCCAGAACGUCGAGCUGUCGCUUUCGGUUAUUUCCACGGCACACUCUUCGCCGGUAUUGCAUUGGGCCCCAUCGUGUCAGGCUAUCUGAUCAAAGUGACCGGGACGGUCAUGAUCGCAUUUUAUCUCGCCCUUGGGUGUAACGCCUUUUUCAUUGUCUUCACCCUAAUCGCUGUGCCCGAGUCCUUGUCCAAGGAGCGGCAACUGCUGGCAAGGGAGAAAAGACAGUUCGCGCAGGCUGAGACGCCGGACAGUGACUGGAUCACCAUCAUCAAGAAUUACAACCUCUUCGAACCCCUUUGGGUCCUGCGACCAAAGGGUGAGGGCUCGAGUCCGGCGUUGAGGAAAAACCUCUUCGUACUUGCCGCUAUUGACACAAUGAUGUUCGGCGUGGCGAUGGGAACCGUGCAAAUCAUGAUCAUAUAUGCAGAAUACCGUUUCGGCUGGACGGCAGUCAACUCUAGCAUGUACCUCUCCGCAGUGAAUAUCUGUCGCGUCCUGGGUUUGGUCAUCAUCCUGCCACUUCUUACCAGAUUCUUCCGCGGACCAGCGCAAAUGCACUCGAAGGGACACAAAGGCUCAGAUAUGCUCGACAUUUGGAUCAUCAGGGGGUCCAUCAUCUUCGACCUUGUUGGAUACAUCGGUUAUGCUUUUACUCCAUCUGGUGCGAUCAUGGUUCUUUCUGGCAUGAUUGCCUCUCUCGGUGGCAUUGGUUCGCCAACUCUCCAGUCAUCUCUCACCAAACACAUCCCGGCAGACAGAACGGGCCAAGUGCUGGGUGCAUCAGGGCUUUUACAUGCACUGGCCCGCGUGGUGGCACCGACGGUCUUUAACCUGAUAUACAGUCAAACUGUGGGCAUCUACGCCGGAAUUGUUUUCAUUUGCUUGGCUUCAAUUUUCGUGAUUGUCUUCGUUCUCAGUUGGUUCUUGAAACCGAACGUGUAUCUGGCGGAGCCAUCCUCUUCUGUCAACCUUGACGAUGCCGAAGACGACGAGGAUCAUCUUGAAUGA